AUGUGUUUCAGUGUUGCUAGCGGGAUAUAUUUCCCCCUUUUGUUGUCAUGGGGGAUAUAUUUUCUUGCGACGCAUUCGGAUUGUCAGGACAAGGUCGUUGAUGAGAUCAGGAAAGUUCUCGGGGACGACGAGGUUGACCAUACAAACAUCGGAGAUUUGGAGUAUUUACGUCACGUUAUAGAUGAGACUCUGAGGUGUGCAGUCCUUGCCCCGAUGGCAGCAAGGUACCAGGACUUUGACUCGGAACUGGGCGUAUAUAGAAUACCCAUAAAUACCCCUGUGAUUCAUGCUCUUGGUGUGGCUGCUAAAGAUGAGACCGUAUUUCCCCUGCCAGAUAAAUUUGAUCCGGAUAGAUUCACACAUGAACAUGCCAGGGAGCGGCCACAUUUGACAUUUUCACCAUUUGGUUUUGCCGGGAAACGUAUAUGUCCUGGGCAGAGAUUUGCGUAUGCCGAAACAACAGUAGCUUUGGUGACCUUAUUAAGAAAGUUCAAGGUCAAAAUGGUAGAAGGUCAAAACAUCGAACCGGUCCAUGGGUUGGUAACACAUCCGAGUGAGGAAAUUUAGAUCACCAUUUCAAAGAGAUAGGCUCUAGGGAAAAUAUGUCAGUGACAGCAGACUAUACAGACAGGAUUUUGUAAUAGUCCGAACUUUCUAGUAUCCGGAUACGUACUAAUAUAUAUUUUAAUACAGUUUCCUUGAAUGUAGGUUUAAUACUGGCAUAACACUUUUAAUGCACCAUAGUAUCUGUGCUUGUUAUUAAUCACUAUCGUUGACUAUUUAAUAAAAUUGUUUAACUAUAUAAUUGCUGUUUAGAUUUCCAGCAUUCCAACAUGCAGUAUUUACCAAUGGAAUAUGUCCGACAUUUUCUGCUAUGACAA